AUGCACACUCAGAAGAUCAACCUGGAGCUCUACACCUCCUACGUGUACCUCAGCAUGUCUUUCUAUUUUGACCGGGAUGAUGUGGCUCUAAAGAACUUUGCCAGGUAUUUCCUGCACCAGUCCCACAAGGAGUGUGAGCAUGCUGAAAAACUCAUGAAGCUGCAGAACCAGAGGGGCGGUUGCAUCUUUUUGCAGGACAUCAAGAAACCAGAUUGUGAUGAUUGGGAGAAUGGGUUGACAGCAAUGGAGUGUGCCUUGCACCUGGAAAAGAAUGUGAACCAGUCACUCCUUGAUCUGCACAAGCUGGCAACUGACAAGAAUGACCCUCAUUUGUGCGACUUCAUUGAAACCCACUACUUGGGGCCCAUAUUUAAUCUAUGGGCCCAUCCUCCCCUACUGGAGAUUUGGUAGAAGACACACUGCUAG